UGCCGUGACGAAACUUCGGGCGUUGUACAUGGCAUCUCAUUAACAAAAGAGGCAAUUUCAUUAUCUUUAUCCUACAUACCGCUAUAAUUAUUUUAUCAAUAGGAAAACAUUACUCGCGCGGGAAGUUUUGCGCUCGCGGAUUUUUGCGGCUUUUUUGUUUGGGCGCAGGGAGCUCGUGCGCACCGAGUCCGCGGUGAAGAAGAAGCAGCAGCAGCAGCGCCUCGCCGCCUUUGUUCAUUCAUUCCAGCCGCUGGGAGUCUCUUUGUUGGGGAGGAAGAGGGAAAGCAAUGGGAGCGCAAGUCGCUAAAAACGGCGCAAAAGACGAAACUGCUGCGGAAAACCCAGCUGAAGCCGGAGCGAAGGCGAACGGGCAGGAGAACGGCCAUGCCAAGACCAACGGCAACGCUUCCCCAUCAGCAGACGCCGCCGGUGAGGAGGUCCAGGCCAAUGGCAAGCACUCAGCCGAGGAGGACGGGGCGGCGGCGGCAGCGAAGGCCGAAGAUGGUGCUGCUGAGAAGAGCGCAGCGGAGUGCGACGCUCCAGUAGCCAACGGAGAAGAGCCGGCCAAGUCCGAGGAGAACGGUUCCGCGUCAGGAAGCGGAGAACCCGCCAAGCAGAAGAAGCGCUUCUCCUUCAAGAAGCCGUUCAAACUCAGCGGCUUCUCCUUCAAGAAGAACGCCAAGAAGGAACCCGAGGGAGAGGCUGCAGCACCGGCAGCUGAGGAAGACAAGGAGAAGAAGGCUGAAGGAGAGGAAGCCAAGCCUGAAGCUGAAGCUCCUGCCACUGAGGAAGGAGCUAAAGCAGAGGCGGUGGCGGGGGCAGCGUCCGAGGAACCAAAAGCAGAGGAGGUGACCGGCGGCGAGGAGAAGAAGGCGGCAGCAGUGCCAGCAGCGUCUGAAGAAGUGGCAGCAGAGGAGAAGCCUGCGGAGGCUGCGGCUGAAGAGUCCACGCCUGCUGAGAGUUCGGAUGCCCAGGCUGCUGUGGCGGCUGCCGAUGCUCCUGCUGCCGAUGCUGAUGCUGCCGCUGCUACUGCAGAGUAAACAGGGUUCAACCAGGGUUCAAUGGCAAUGGCGACAAUGAUGAUGGUGAUGAUGACGGCGACGACGGGGGGCGUCUAGCCUCUUUUUAAUGAAGUAAUAAGGAGCACAACCACGGAGGAUUUGUACAAAACCAAUGACCUUUCAAAGCUGUCUUAUUACCUGCAAUCAUUCCAUCCACUCCUCCUCUUCCUCCUCCUUCACCUUUUCCUUCUCAUCCUCCUUUUACAUCCAGUUUGCCACCGUGGUGCUCCCCCAAAGGAAGGGUUUGGAUGCUUUGAUUGGAGAAUGAGGGGCACCAUGCUUUAUUCCUCCAUAAGUGUUUGUUACAGUAUUGCGUGUGGAUGUGUGCAUAAGUGUGUGAUGCAGUAUUUUUUUUUUUAUUAUUUUGUUUUGUACCGUUUUUGUUUUUUCAUACAUGUUACAAGUCAUUUUUAGUGUCAUGAGGAAAAUCCGAAAAAAAAGAAAAAAAAAAAACAUUUAGAUGAAGUAAUUGGUGCCAUACGGUUAGGUUCUGCCAGUGUAUGCUUAUAGGGAACAAAAAGGGAGCUGCCGCGAAGGAAGCAUGGCAUUGUGGGUGAUUCACAGAUCCAAUUAUUGUUUGUCUCGCGUCUGUGUCAUCACAUGAGUCAUAUAGAAAUGGGUGCUCAGAAGAUUUCACCAGCUGCACCGCUCGAAUCCAGCAGCACUGUGUGGUUUUUGUAGGCUUUGUCAUGUCGUCUUUUUAAUUUUUAUUUUUUUUUUUUUUAACUUUUCAGUGCUGUAGAUGAAGUUUCCUCCCCCGAACCUGGACGUACGUCCUUUCUAACAGAAUGGUGAAAUGUAGAUUUUGAAAAUUUUUGACCUGUGAUGACUAAUACAGUUUUUUUUUUUUUCUUUCUUUCCUCUUACAGUGCUGUGCAAGUAUGUGAAAUUGCCAGUGCAAUCAGAUAGAAUAUGGUUUUCUGUAAAUACAAGCUCUGUCACUACUUGAUUUUUAAAUGGAAUGUAACUUUGCGUACAGAAUUAUGAAUUCAACUCAACUUCAAGGGGCACAGAAAACAAAAAUUAAAGGAUUAAAAAAAAACAA